ACUGAGAGCUGCAAGAGGGACAGGGGAGAGGUUGCAAAGAGGAAGAGCCAAAACACUGUAGCUUUAGUGCGCUUUGGUGUCAUCAGAAAAGUGACAACUCCAGUUAAAAGUGCAACAAGGCAAUGGAAAGUGUUUUGAAGAUUAGGUUUUAUUUAGGGCCGUAAAGUAAAAAAAAAAUUGCUGAAGAAACAGAGGGGAGUGAAGGUGAGGGAGUGUGGACGGACUGGGGCUUUGUGAAGCAGGUGCCAUGGAUGUGCUGUGUUUCCUGAGCUGGAGGGUGGCCUCACUGCUCCUGCUGAUACCUUGCACCUGUAACUCUUUAAAUGUGCGAAUCUUGAACGAGGGGCCAGUGCACGUGAUCCCUGGCUCCAACCUGCUCCUCCGUGCCCACAUCGAGUCUUCCACCCAGGACAAGGUCUCUAUGGUCACAUGGGAACGAGAGACCGAGACUGGCCCCACACCCAACAGGCGCGUACUGGCCACAUGCCCAGGCAGCAGCCAAAGUCCGUGCGCUGGGACCUUGCCAAAUGUGCUAGCUAACAUGGGAAAAGAGGAAAGCACGCUCCAGAUCAGUGGAUACCAGCCAGCUGAUGGAGGGGACUACAUUGUGACUGUAACACACCAGAACGGAAACAAGACCAGCGCGCGGUGCAUUGUCAGAGAGUAUGAGGCAGUGCACCAUGUGUCUGUGAGCAUAAACGUGUCCCACUCAGUGCUGGUGUGUGGGGAGGCCUGGGGGACAGAGCCUCACUUCAGUUGGCUGUACAACAGGAGGGCCUUGACCCAGACCGUGGGGCAGGUGUCCCCGGACGGCACCAGGUUGUACAUUACCCAGAGACCCAUCUGUGGAUGCUUCACCUGCAUGGUCCAAAACAAGCUGGGAUACGCCACUGCCACCUACACUGCAGGUAACUGUGAUCCAGAGGACCACAGUGGGACCAUAGCAGCUGUAGUGUGUGUGCUCCUGCUGUUCAUCUGUGGAGGACUGUUGGGUCUGCUCUUAUGGCGGAGACAUCAGCGAAACAGCAUCACCAGGGAGAGGCUGCACGAGCACAUGGACGGCUGAACAAAGUGUUUUAAAGAGAUUUCAGAUUACUGUGAGUUCAUUUUAAAAGCAAUUUAAAUCCUUGAGCAUGAAUAGAGCCCGUGACAAAUGAUUUCUCUUCUUACAAUCUGCUUUUGCCUUCUUAAAAAGCAGUCAUAGCUAAGUAUUACAAAAUGCAGAUUAACAUACACUACCAGUCAAAAGCUUG